UUUUCUCCUUCAUCCCCCCCUCAGAUUAUUGGGCUGCAGAGCAGGUCCUUCCUGGAACAGACCUGAGGCCACUGAUUGGUUUACCCCACCGCUUAAGCUGAGGCAGCUUACAGGGCUUUGUGCCAACUCCUGGAUUGCUGAAGACCUGUAAAAACUGAAGACAGCUAGCAUGGUCAGCACUGUGGUGGUGCUGGUGGAGGUCAAGCUAGUAAUGCAAUAAAUAAAAGCAGGAAGAAUAGAUUGAAAGGAUUCAGCGGGGGGGGGCAGGAAUAGGGGCAAUCAAAUGAAGUGAGAUCAAAGGCGCAUGGAGUGGAAAGGGCUGUGAUGAGAACAGGAGCCUCUGCCAUAAGAUGCACUGUGAACAGCUCGCGAGAAGAAGAAAAGUAACCAUCAGGUAACCAUCUGAUUCUGACCAAGAGGAACAACUUGGCGCUGGAAUGAGGGAUUAAGAAUAAGGAGAAACACCCCUACUUACCUGUGGACUGAGUGACAGGCAUUACUGUACUUAUUUCACUUACUGUAGCCAGAUUGCGGCCAGUGCGUGUCGUGCGUGCGCUUGUGAUUGAAUGCACUCAUGCAAAAGGGAUAAUUGGUGGGAGGCAGCAGCUCCAUCAGUGGGAGUAUGUGUGCGGCUUGGGUUAAUCUCCUCUCCCUCAUUUAUAGAUUGAGUCUCCGGAGUGUUGGAAUGCCCUAACACAAAAGGCAUUGAACGGGGAUCUUGGGACUAAAGCUUGACCGGGAGGAGAUACUUGUCCUGAGCAGAGGAGAGAAAGUGGAAGGCACGGGGGGACUUUAACUCACAACGCCAUACGUGACUCUUCUUAGCACUUCUCCAGUCUUUUGGUUUUAUGACGGAAAGUGUGUGCCCCUGCUGUCGAUCAGUAAGAAGUGCUCUUCAAUAUGAAUACAGAUAGCGGAGGAUAUGCUCGCAAAAGUGUGGCCUUGUCACUCAUGCUCUCUCCCAUGAAGAGGGUCCAGAGCUCACCAAAUCUAGCCACAGGGAGUGAUUCUCACUCAUCGGACUUGGAUUCUUGGCGGUCACACAGCGCAACAGACGGCCUUAAAAACGGAGAUGCUAGCAGCUCAUCGCUUGCUGCCAAAGGCUUUCGCAGCGUCAGACCCAAUCUGCAGGACAAAAAGUCCCCCUCACAGGAUAUCAGUCCAUUGCCGUUGCCACCCCCCAGGAAAGAGAGUUUUCACUUCUCGCCUGCAGGCACUAAUCCUCAAAACUACAGUUCCCUUAUUGGCCUGGCUAAUGAUUUGAGUCCUGGAAUGCUAACAAUCACUAAAAAUGAGCAAGCAGUCUUGAAAGAGUCCUACACUGUAAAAAGCACAUCAUCCUACUCAUACUCAGAAACCAGUGCAAACACAGUCCAGCAGCUGAAUGAGUCUGUUGUCUCGAAUGACAAAAGCAAUGUUAAUACAAAAGAACGUAAGGUGUCUUCCCUUACACUGACCCCUGUCACCAUCCCUGACCCUCCUGCACACCUCAAUUCUUGUGUUGAUCCCCAACCUAAGACCCAAACCACAGGGUCCCCUCCACCCACUUCCUCACCUCCACAAAGAAGUCCCGUCCCAUCCCAACCCGUGACACAGACAGCUUCGAUUUCUGUCCACUUGGACAAAGAGAAUAAAAAAAAUCCUGCUUCAUCUAAGACAAACUCCAAAGUGGAACUCAAGGUCUCAGAUCAAACCCCAGCUCCAGAUCCAUCCCAGGUGGAGAUGACGAAGCCUCCUCCUGAAAUUCCACCAAGACCCUCUCCUGCAAAACUGUUGGGGCCUCCCUCGCCUGACCCCACAGCACGGCACUCCCCCUAUCGCUACCACAGCUCAGAGUCACUUGACUACCUGUCAGGUCUAAUGCCCAAGGCGCUAUCACCCACUCCGUAUGUCCCAAGUGGAGCUGGUGGCACAGCUGGUGCGGCCAGCGGGCCAAGCCACGGCGCAGUCAGCAGCGUGAGCUGUGCCUCGCCCUCGGCUUCCCCCGUUACCGUGUCAGCUCUCAGCCACUACUCGACAUCCACGGUCGGUCUGCUGGACGAGCUGCAGAUCUGUAGCCUGGACUCACCUGUCGCCUCACCCACGCCAUCGCCCACUCUGAGCCAUGUCUCUACCUACACGCCCACUGCUGGCCGUGAUGAUGUGCUAACAACCUCUGUGGCCUCCGCUGCUGCAGCAGCCACUUUCGCUAAUGGCCAGGUUCUUUCUCACGCAAUGAAUGGAAGUACUAGCCAUCCACAUAGGCCGCUGUCUCCCCCAUCUUAUCCUCCACCCCCUGUCUCACUCCACACGGGGCUUCAGAGACAGAGCAGGAGUUCAGAGGGCAGUGAAAUAGUCACCAGAGAGUCUGUGGUGUCGGGGCACACCAGCAUCAGCAGCACUGUGCCCAUUGCCCGUUUCUCAGAAGAAGAAAAGAAGGUGUCUGUCAUCAAAGCCCCCCAUUACGAAGGCAUCGGCCCGGUUGAUGAGUCAGGCAUUCCUAUUGCCAUCCGCACGACGGUGGAUAGGCCCAAAGACUGGUACAAAACUAUGUUCAAACAGAUUCACAAAGUUCACAAAGCAGAUGACGACUAUUCCGACACAUACAAUGCUUCAUAUGCUCUCGUAAACAAUGAUAACUACAGCCUGUCAUCCAGCGCCACCAUGGCCCACCCUGCCCCUCGGACGCAUACGUACAGGCCUCUGUCCAAGAGCCCCUCGGAUAACAAUGAAGGGCAUCUUGGACCUCGGGAGCCUUCACCAUCCCCUGUACCCCCACCACCUCCACCCAUGCCAUCCCUUCUCCAACUGAGGGCGAGAGACAGUGAUCGGGAGAGGGACUUGACAGACGCCAAUGAGUGGGGUCCUCCAGACCGAAAAGUGGACACGCGAAAGUACCGCGCAGAACCCAAGAGUAUUUUCGAGUACGAGCCUGGGAAGUCCUCUAUCCUGGAGCAUGAAAGACCAACCUAUGAUGACAUAGAUUUAGAGAACGAGCCUUGGUAUAAGUUCUUUUCCGAGCUGGAGUUUGGGCGGCCGCCUCCUAAAAAACGGCUGGAUUAUAAUCCAGACAUCUCCGCUCGCCAGCGCAUUGAGACAUCCCUCCACAUCACUCCUGCUGACAAGGCUCCAGAGAGACCUGCAAGUGCUGCCAGUGACUACAGGAAGAGAAGGAAGUCUGAGCCGUCAAGCUCCCAAGUGAAUGCUCCAUCUCAGAGCCGAGCUGCGACUUCCCCUAAACCAGUGGAUGCCUACAGACCCAGCAGCAGCCUAAAGAAACCUGUCAUUCGUUCCUCACCAUCCUCACCUUCCAGAGCCAAAGGUGGGGACGCAUGCAGCAUGUUUUCAAACAGUUUGACCCCUCCAGGUCCUUAUCAGCAGCCCUUUGUUCCCCCAGUCCCAUCUGACCCUCUCAAUUCAAAUGAGGAUGGCAGCCAAGAUGGCAGCUCUUCCUCCAAACAGUCUGUCUGUUGUAAGAACAGCUGGCAGACAAAACGCCAGAAUGCUGAGACGUGGAGCAGUGCGGAGGAAGCGCCACCUUCUCCUGCCAAGCUCAAGUCACGCAGUUGUGAUGACCUACUCAAUGAUGGGCAUUCUAGCUCAGGUGGACGAAAUGCUACCCGCUCAGAGAGUGCUGGGUCACUGGUAUGCGAUGGAAAUCUCUCCACAGUAUCAUCAUCUACUCGUUCAUUACCCCGGCUCCAUCGACGACGAGCACACGACUCGCCGGGCUUUCUCCAGCUCUAUCGAAAGAUGCACCAGAUCGACAGAGCUCAGCUAAUUCCAUCUGAAGUCAUCCGGUCGGUCCGUGCGCGCAUCCUGGAUCUAGAGCGUCAGCCUCAUCUGCUUCGGCAUCGCCUCUCUCCUUGGACACCCUCCUGGGGUGUGGAAGUGCCACGUGAUAUGGUGCCAAACCGCAUUUCUGAAUAUGAGCGUCUUAUUCAGAAAUCCAAAUCCAUGCCUAACUUGGGUGAUGGCGAGGUGCCUUCAGGCACCACCACACCAGGUGGCUCAUCAUCUCGAGCUAGCAGUGGUGGUGGUGUCACACCCAGUUAUCCAAAACGCCGUUUUUCAAUAGAGUCUUUACUAGAAGAAGACAACAACGGAAACAGUGGAACAGUACCUCAAACCAUGGAUCACUUACACCGACCUCGUAGCCCCCCUGAGGGACAGCCUCGUGUUGGACCAGACCCCGGGCGUGGACGGUCCUUCCCCGCUCCUCCUGUUCUCCAAGGCCUGCAAGCCAACCCAGACUAUUCUGACAGUGAACAAGACGCUGUUGCCUCUGACCUCAGUGACUUCAUUCAGGUUGAAGGCUCCUCAUUUUGCAGUGAGAGUGACUUUGACCAUUGCUCACUAACCUCCUCUGAGAGCCUAUACGGCUCUUCCACCCUCCACCACCACCAUCACCACCACCUCCGUCACCACCACCACCAUCACCACCAUCAUCCUGGUCACCAGAGUCUUGGCCAGAGCCAAGGCUACCAACACCGCCAUCUCAUCAGCACCUGCAAAGGCCGCUGCCCAGCCUCAUAUACUCGUUUCACAACCAUGAUACGUCAUGAGCGGGAACGCGCGCGACAGGAGCACCAGAGACCUUCACAGCAGAACCGCGGCAGCCAUUCCCAAAACCAGAGCUCACAAUCCCAGCAAUCGAUGUCCAAGCUGGCCUUCCUGGUCAGUCCAGUGCCUUUCCGCAGGAAAAAGGGCUCACCACCUACCUCUAGAAGAUGCAGUGGGGGCGGAGGUCGAGGUAGCAGACCCAAGUCUAAACAGGCAAUUUACGAAGCGCUAGAUGCAGCCUUGAGAGACAUAUAUGAGCACAUUCAAGCAGAGAGAGGCCACAGAAACCCUCGGGCACCUGAUGAUAGCAUCCUGAGAAGAAUCUUGGCAGAACUGUUGCCAAAUGUGCCAGAACGCAGCUCCUCGUUGCGGGGAAGGAGGGGUUGUUGGCACGGCGGUCACUCCUCUGCAUCGUUGUACCCAGACAGUAGCCCCACUGGGUACGCCUCAUAUAGAGGAGAGCCCUCAACACCACGGAUACAGUCACCACGGAUACAGUCACCAAUCAGUGCCUGUUAUGGACGACAGUUGGAGACCUCAAACAACAAUGAUUAUGGAGAGGAGCAGGGCAAUGGAAAUGGUCUCUGUUACUCAGACCAGGACAUCUCCAGGAGUUCCACCCUGGAUGGACGCCACACACCCCAGAACAGAAGACCCACUCCUGACAGAGAGGUCUCCCAUAAACAGAUGACACAACUUAUUCUGUUCUCUCUCCUCCAUCAGAAACAGCCCGCCAGAGCCAUUUAUGAUUUUAAGGCACAAACGAGCAAGGAGCUGACAUUUAAAAAGGGUGAUGCAGUGAACAUCAUCAGGCAGAUAGAUAACAACUGGUAUGAAGGAGAGCACCGUGGGCGAAUGGGAAUAUUCCCUAUAGCAUAUGUAGAGAAAAUGCCGUCUUCAGAGAAGCAGCAGCCAAUCCGUCCUCCUCCUCCAGCACAUGUCAGAGAGAUUGGAGAGGCAGUGGCCCGCUACAACUUUAACGCUGAUACUAAUGUGGAGCUGUCACUGAGAAAGGGUGAGAGAGUGAUUGUGAUAAGGCAGGUGGAUCAGAAUUGGUAUGAGGGGAAGAUCCCAGACACAACCAAACAGGGGAUCUUUCCUGUGUCCUACGUUGACCUUGUCAAGCGAUCUCCAUCCAAAAGCUCCGCCCAUCACAUAGAUCCACAUGGUUACCCCAGCAACAGGACACCAAGCUCCACACCCGUCAAGCCUUUCUAUCAUCCACCUCCACCACCCACCACCCACAAACCCCCCUCCCCUCACCCCUCUUUGAGAAGCCUUGAUCUGCAAGCCAUCACCACCGAGUGGCUGUCCCUCACAGUGGAGCCGUCAGCAUCCACUCAAGCUCGCUCCCUCACGAACACCCCUCUGCCGCCCACACCGCCUCCUCUCCCCUCUGACCUUGCAUCUCUCCUAAAGGCUCAAGAGCCCAAAGCACUCUCAUCUGCAUCACCACAAAAAAGUUUCACCUUGUCAUCCCCACCAACCACAACCUGCAAAGAAUUUUCCAGAACGCCCACUUUUAAAGAGGCAAACCUCAGUUUAGGUCACACCACAACUGUCUCACCCAUCUCCCCCCCUACUCCUCCUCCUCCUCCCGACCUCCAUUUCUCAUUAACCUCUCCACUGCCUGACUCUUCAUUUCGAUAUAACUGUGGCAGAGGACUACAUAUCACUGAGGAAGACUCAAACUUAGGAAUUACUACGCCUGAGGUUUUGUCAGAGCCAAUAAAAUCAGCCACACCUCCUGCACAAGAGCACAAAUCCACAGUACGAGUAGACAAAAGCAGGGAAACCCCGGACACUGAACUGCAAGUCAAAGACCCUUAUGAUGAGCUGUUGUGCAUGUUUCUGGAUGGUUCCAGCAGCACAGAUGAUGGUGAUGUUUUGAGAUCAUCUCCAGUAGAUUCUUCAGCAGCUAAGCUGACCAAAAAGUCUCAAAGCAGGCUCUUCCGAUUAAAAGCGGAAGAAUCCCAUCAGCCGGACGUAAAGCCCCCAGUGGUCGCUCCUGCAAGCAACUCGACAGGCAGCGUUCAGUUAGCAGUGCAGCUUCACAAGCCUGUAACAGUGGAGCCCCUUUGUGUUUUGUGGGGAGAGCAGUCAAAAACUGUGAAUGGGCAACGUUUUGACUCACAUAGACCACCGUCAGUACAAGCAAAGGAAUACACUGAGUUGUUCAUUGAAGAAGACGAUGAAGCUAGAAGUGAGAAAGAGGAUGUUAGAGUUUUAAGUCAGAUGCACAGCCCACAGGCUGAAGUCUCUCCAUCUACUCAGUUUCCCCACACUGGUCUCUCCUCCCCCUGCAUACCACCCCCUGUGACCUCCCUCCUUCCCACUUCUUUUUCCUCUGCUUGCCCUUCAUCCUCUUCCUCCCACACACAACAGCGGCACAGUCGUAGUGUCGUCCCUCCCUGUGACCAUGCCUCCCCUCGUCCUCCGUCCCUUCCUCAGCUCACAACGUCACCGCUGCCUCCAGUUUCUCCAUCUGUCUCACCACCUCCCCUCCACUUCCCUCCAGACGAUCCCUCUCAGCGGUCUGUCUCUCACCCCUCAAGCUCUCCUUUUCUUUCUAGUCCCGUCACGACAUGUCCCAUCUCAGAGCCAAAUUUUCCCCUUCCUCCCGCUAACAUUACCCCUCCACCCUCCGCUCAGCGCUGUCCCCCCACUGCCCCAACUGUACCCCAUCAAGGACGUAGGUCGCCUAAGGUGAAGCAGGAUCCAAUUGUUGGUGGUAAACCCCCUCGUAGCCCCAUCUUGUCCCGGAGGUCCUAUCUGUCACCCGUUAGAGGUCGAAGGCGGUCUGUACAGGAUGCACUCCACGGUGGAGGAGACCCGUACCAGGCGCUGUACAACUACAUGCCUCGCAACGAGGAUGAGCUGGAGCUGCGGGAGGGAGACAUCGUUGAUGUGAUGGAGAAGUGCGAUGAUGGCUGGUUUGUUGGGACCUCUCGAAGGAGCAAGUUGUUUGGAACCUUCCCAGGAAACUACGUGAAGCAGCUAUAAUGAUUCCAAACUCCCACUGACCCCGCCCCUUUCUAUGACCCGUUCAUCGCCCUCCUCAGCACAGCACCCGCAGGACAUCAACAAAGACCUGCAGCACACGUUUGUGUUUGCGUGUAUGUGUGUGGCUUGUCAGCUUCACACAGACAAAAUACUUAGCUCUAACUAGCCAUCUUUAAUGGAAGACUUCUAUAAAGUAAUAACGCAUUUUUUAAACUUAUCUUUUUACCCUUAUUUUUCUAUUAUGGAGAACCGAAGAUUUGUGCUGCACCCAGUGACCUUUGACUUUUGACAAUAACGGAAGUAUAUCUGCAGUGAUGCUUUCCUUUCUGUUUCAGUUGUUUAAGGACAUUAAGAUCACCAAGAAUACCUUUUUUUCCUGCAGUAACUCAAAAUUUAAAUCACUUAUAGUUAACUUCAGUGUUUAUUUACAGAUAUCUCCACAAAGAUUUAGUGCAGAGAGUGUUAAAGGAAAGCAGUAUUGUGUCAGGAGGCCAGAUGUGUUUUGGCAAAUUAGGAGCCAACGUGUUGCCAGGUAAAAGGACGGUUCAGCAAAGGGUUUUUGUUUUAUUUUGGGGGAUAUUAUUUAAUAAAAUGAACAAUAAGUUUCAAUACUGGAGACGUGAAGAAAAACACUAUCACAGACUUAGCUCGAGAUUAGAAAACACAUUGUUGCUGUUCAGUUAUUUUCACGUUAGAAUUGAAGCACUUUUACUGAACUUGAUCACAAACAAUCUCUUUGGUUUAUUUUUUUAACCUCACUUCAGAUUUUACACAGCAGAGGUCAUUUUGACUGCGCCUGGCUUCGGGGGAGAGGAGUGUGUUGAAAGUGUAUGCAGAAAGGUUACUGACCUUUUUUAGGUAUUAUAUUUAUUAGAAGACGAAGGCUGGUCUCACUGUGUUAUACGAUGAUUUUUAGAAAGAACGGAGCACCACAUUGCUUCUUUUUUUUUAAGCAUAUUUUAACAGUACCUAACUUACAUUUGAAUGAUUGUUAUUUUAUUGUCAUCAUUAAUCAAUGUCCAGGUUCUGAGUGAUUACAGAAAAACAAAAACACGAUGGUUAAUGGGCUAAAAAGAACUUACGGGCAUCCUGUUGUUUUAUGAUGAAUUUAUUUAAGUCAGAUACAGGAUGGGAAUUUUGAAAAUCACAGAACUGCUGUUGGAUCUUUUAUAGCUGUUGUCAGAGUGAGUGGGUAGUGUGUCAUUACCCAUGUGUGUACUGUUGUGAAAUGAUUGGCAAUUUCCAUCUUAGCGUGUCGUUCUCAGUAACUGAUCUCUGUUUUGUUUUGUUUUCUUCACAAAGGAUGGACACUGACAACAAAACGAUGUAAAAGCACCUUAAAAUAUUUUAUCAUUCACUGUCCUUCACGUCACUCUCUGUCAUUCACCAUUUCAGCCGGCGUGAGUUCACCGUGUGCGAGUGUGAGCGUGUCGUGUUUUUGUAAGCCUUUUUUUGUUUUUGUAUGUGAGCUGUAAAAUGGCCAACAUCCACUUGCUUUAUAAAGUCGGCUUUUUCUCAUCCACCAUCACGUUUGGUUUCCUCUCUUUCUUUCCAUUUCGCAUCAUCAGUGGUGCUAACCCGCAUUCUUCUGAGAACGUCUCGUGUAGCCGGGCUCGUAGGAUUUUCUUUGCUCCAGUUCGUCGUUUUUACGUUGGUGGGGUAUUUAAAGUGAAUUUACUGUAGGUAGGUAGACCGAGUAGAGUUGGUGAUCGCUGCCUUAAAUCCAGCUCACUAAUUUAAUAGCCAUGUAUAUGUAAACCUGUGAUGCAAAAACAAAAUAAUAAUUUAUGCAUAUGUAGUUUAGAAAGUGUAUGAAAGUGUGCAGAGAACAUAGAAAGUGUUCAGUGUUUAAACGUUAGGCCCUCUGUCUGCCUUUGAUACGAGCGUAAGAACAGAUUCGAAGCAAGGAGAUGAAUUUGAUUACUGAUAUGUUUAUACGUGUAUGAAAGUGUAAAUCUUAUGUUAUUCAUGUUAUUAUUGAACUCAAUGCACACUCUUGGACCUGAGUAUUUCUACAGUAUCGUAGGACUUGUUGGAUGAUUUUAAGGGGCUGUAUUGCUAAUAAAAUCCAGCUGGUAGAUCAAA